UUCAUUUUAUAGAUUCAGAUGUAUAGAUAUAUACCAUCCUCUCAUUUUACCAUCAUACUACUUGGCUAUGCACCCAUAGGCCCGCGUACCUGAAUCGCGCAUCCGCUAGCACCCCUACUCUCACCCCAUCCGGCCACGGCUACUCCUUUAUAUCGUGACCCUCACCGGUAGUAGACUUUGUUUUUUUUCCGGUUCCCCAGAUGCCGCCCGGGUCGCCUCCUAAGGUCUGGGAGAAGAUAGAGAGGGACGCUUCCAGCAAGUUAAAUGUCAUAAUAGUGGGUGCCGGGCUCGGAGGCUUGGGAGCGGCCAUCUCCAUUCUCCUGGCAGGUCACGAUGUAACUGUGCUCGAAGCAGCAGCCGAGAUUGGCGAGAUAGGGGCCGGCAUCCAAGUGCUGCCCAACUCGUCCCGGGUGCUGAUCUCGUGGGGUCUCGAGGAGGCGGUCGCCAAGCACGCGACGAUGCCCCGGUACACCAACAUGUUCGGGUGGAAGGGGAACCUGCUGUCGCGGAUGGACCUGCACGCGUACGCGGACGCGCUCGGGACCCCGUUCUGGGACUUCCACCGGGCGAACCUGCACCGGUGCCUGCUCGACCGGGCGGUCGAGCUCGGAGCCGAGAUCCACGUCAACGCUCGGGUGACGACGGUCGAGUGCGCGGCGGACGGGCUGACGGCGACGGCGGCGCUGGCGGACGGGCGGGCGCUGGCGGCGGACCUGGUGGUCGGGGCGGACGGGAUCUCGUCGCGGCUGCGGGAGGUGCUGCUGGGGCGGGCGGACCCGCCGCAGCCGACGGGGGACCUGGCGUACCGGCUGCUGAUCCCGGCGGGGGAGAUGCGCGCGGACGCGGAGCUGCGGCGCCUCGUCGAGGACCCGCAGGUGAACUACUGGAUCGGGCCGGACGCGCACGCGGUCAACUACGUGCUGCGCGGCGGCGAGCUGUUCAACAUGGUGCUGCUCGUGCCCGACGACCUUCCCGCCGCGGCCAUGACCGCCGCCGGCGACGUCGCCGAGAUGCGCGCCCGCUUCGCCGCCUGGGACCCGCGCAUCGCCAAGGUGCUCGCCCUCUGCCGCGCCGUCCAGAAGUGGAAGCUGUGCAUCCGGCCCACGCUCGAGAGGUGGAGCCACGAGUCGGGCGCCUUUACCCUGCUCGGGGACGCCGUCCACGCGACGCUGCCGUAUCUCGCUAGCGGGUGCGGGAUGGCGCUGGAGGACGCGGCGGCGCUGGGGCUGUGCCUGGCGAAGGUCCGGGGGCGCGGGCGGGCGGAGAAGCAGCAGGCGCUGCGGGCGUACGAGGGGUGCCGCAAGGCGCGGACGGAGCGCGUGGUCGAGCGCGGGAACCGCCAGCAGCACCUGUACCACGUGCACGACGGGGCGGAGCAGCGCGAGCGCGACCGGCGGCUGCGCAUGUUCGCCGACGUCGACGAGGCGCUGCUGCGCGACCCGGGGCACGUCGCCCGCCCCCGCCCGGACCCCGGCGACGGCGACGGCGACGGCGGCGGCGACGACGACCCCCUCCCCUGGCGCUACUACGGCGUCGGCGGCUGGCUGCUCGCCUACGACCUCGAGCGCGAAGUCGAGGCUAGCUGGGCACGCGUCCAGGAUGAGGCCGAGGCGAAGGCGAGGCCGAGUUUAAAGCUGAGGUUGGAGGGCGCGGGGGAGGGGGCGGAGGAGGAAGAGGGUGCCCCGAGGAAAUGCCUGUCUGCCUACCUACGUAGGCACUAAACAUCUAGACUUCUUGUGUACCUACCUACUAUUUCCUUUUUCCUGUUUUAUGUCCAGUUCACCGGUUGCAGUGUCGAUCGGCAAAGCCACUCUAGCUCUCUAGUUUUUUGUCUCGCAUUUUGUUUCCUAUUUCCUCUAAGCGGGGAGAGGAGGGGGGGUAGCGUUGGGGAUGGGUUGCGGUCCGCGAUAUUCUUCCAUGCAGAGGCGCUACAACUCUACAACAUUGUCAUUGCGAGUCUGACAACUUUUCGUCUCAUCACAUAGGGAAGAGAGCAUGGGGCACCCUGGAGACAUAGAUCGAACUUGAUUUGCACAUGCGUUUAUGUUGCGAGGGCU